AUGCGGCGCGGUCUUUCGAUAUUUCUCCUCGCCUGCUUUCUCGGUAUCGUUCUCCUGGUUCGCAAUAUCUGGACACUUUUAUCGCUACUUGUCGAAGAUGCUACCGCUGACGCGAUCCACCGUGCCGAAUUGCCUUCUCUGAACUCCAGCCUGAUCGACCAACGCCCCCAGAUCAUUCCUAAAAUAAUUCACCAGACUUAUAAAGACAAGAGUAUUCCUGAUGUCUGGUUUGGCGCCCAAAAGAGCUGUAUUGACCUGCAUCCAGACUACGAGUAUAUUUUGUGGACGGAUGAGAAAUCGCGUAAUUUUAUCGCUGCCAAAUAUCCCUGGUUCCUUAAGACUUUUGAUGCCUAUAAAUAUCCUAUCCAGCGCGCAGACUCAAUUCGCUAUUUCGUUCUGGCCUAUUAUGGCGGAACUUACAUUGAUUUGGACGACGGCUGCAAUCGUCGCUUGGAUCCCCUGCUGGCUUACCCAGCAUGGCUACGCCGCACUGUGCCAACUGGGAUCUCCAAUGAUGCAAUGGGCUCUGUGCCCCAGCACCCCUUCUUCCUGCGCGUAAUCGAAUUACUCCAGCAGUACGAUCGCGACUGGCCUCUCCCCUAUAUCACCGUUAUGUACUCCACCGGGCCACUCUUCCUGUCAGUCAUCUGGAAAGAGUAUAUCCAAGACCCUCCGUCCGAAGCGAACCGUAUCCGUGUUCUUAUGCAGGAUGAGUACAAGAAGCACCCUUGGAGUUUCUUCACCCACCAUGUAGGAAACAGCUGGCACGGCAACGAUGCGCAGUUAAUUUUCUGGAUGGGCCAACACUGGAUGCUCCUCACUUUCUGCGGCAUCCUCCUCGCUUUCGCCGUCGGCUGCUGCCUCCUCUGUGCCUAUGGUCGAAUUGUACGACGAGGGAUUCAGUAUCGAUACAGCUAUUCCAAGGUCCCUUUCUUUUCAGAGCGCUACAUACAUGAUGUAUAG